AUGUCCAAAAAGAUCAUUACCGUGUUCGGCGCGACCGGCAACCAGGGCGGCUCCGUCAUCAGCGCCCUGCUGGCCAGCUCGGUCCUCUCGUCGCAGUACACCAUCCGCGGCGUCACGCGCGACCCGACCAAGCCGGCUGCCCAGAAGCUCGUCGCCAAGGGUGUGCAGCCCAUCAAGGCCGACGUCAACGACCCGGCGUCGCUGCAGGCGGCCGUGCACGGCGUCGACGCCGUCUUUGCCGUCACCAACUACUGGGAGACCUUGUCCAAGACGACCGAGAUCACGCAGGGCAAGAACAUUGUCGACGCCUGCGUGGCGGGCGGCGUCAAGCACCUUGUGUGGUCGUCGCUGCCGGCUACCACCGAGCUGACCCAGGGCGUCCUGUCGCACAUCGACCACUUCGACUCCAAGGCCGAGGUGUCCGCGUACGCCGAGGCGCGCAAAAAGGAGACGGGCCUCUGGGUCACGCACGUUAUGCCCGCCUACUUCUUGCAGAACAUCAAGGGCAGCGUGCGCCCGGACCCGACGACGGGCGUGCCCACCUGGAGCCAGCCGCUGUCCGCCACCGAGACGCAGGUGGCCACCAUCGACAUCGUGUCGGACGCGGGAAAGUACGUCGCCGGGGCCCUGGCGCUGGGCGCCGCCGCCGACGGGCAGUUCAUCCAGGCUGUGUCGCAGUGGGUGACGCCGGCCGAGGUGGUGCAGACGAUUUCCGACGUCACCGGGACGAAGACGGUCUUCAAGGAGGUGCCCAACGACGCGUGGAAGGAGAGCGUGCCCGGCCCCGCGUUUGUCCAGGACGAGAUGGCCGAGAACAUGCAGCUGAUUCGCGACUACAGCUACUAUGGCAACGACGCCAAGGGCAAGCAGGCGGACCACGACAAGUACAUUGAAGCCGUCGCCGGCCAGAAGCUGACCAGUCUUGCCGAGUUUGUCAAGGCCAACUGGUAG